ACCUCGGGAGUACUGGAGGGAGACUAAAAUUAGGCUAAUGGCAACUGCUGGUUUGAGGAUGUUGGAGAAAGGAGUUCAAGAUAGGAUUUUGGAGGCUUGCCGAACCGUGUUGAGGGGCUCGGGUUUCAGGUUUUACGAUGAUUGGGCAUCCGUUAUUUCCGGUUCUGAUGAAGGUGUAUAUGCCUGGGUCGUUGCUAAUUAUGCCCUUGGCACUCUAGGAGGUGAUCCUAAGCAAACAACUGGUAUUAUUGAACUUGGAGGUGCUUCAGCUCAGAUGCUGAGGAAGUUAAGUAAACAGCUGAAUGGUGAGGAUUGGAUGUGGAACAACCUAAAUACCUUGCUGGGCAAUAGGAUCUAUAUCAGGAUCAAUGAUGGAGGAACAAGUGUAUUGCUUUAUGCUGAAAACAAGUUUCUUGUGAUGGUGAUACGUGAUUUGUUAAACCUUUGUGAGAUUACAAAAGGCAAAGACAACAAAGUAGUUAUUGCAAGUAAUAUAAUGCAAAUGACCGUGAACUCCAGUUUUUGAUGGUUGAUGGUGAUUUCAAGAAGUUUGAAGGAAAAUGGUCUGUCAAAUCUGGUAAAAGUACAAUGCUAUUAAAUGCUCUUGAGGAGAUGAAAAAGGUUGGCUUUUGGAUAUGCUCAUGAAGAUGACUUCAGUUUGACACAAAUUGCUGCUUUAGUCUAUGUUUUUGUUUGGAAAGAGUACUUUGUUUUUUUGGAUGCGUAAUGGCUGUUACUAGUUGAACUGAUGUGAAUUUAGUACUCUAUUGUUUGGAUGGAUAAUGGCUGUUAGUACUUGAACUAA